AUGAACUUGUCUGUUGCCUUUCUUUCUGUCUGCCACCUCGGAAAGCUGUUGCCUCGUCUCCCGGUGCGCAUCUACUCGGUGCUACGGAGAGCAGUAGUGUCUACCGCCAGUCGUUGUCAGGGCGACACAAACACUCUCACGACCGAGGAAAUGGCCGAAGAGAUUGUCCUCGACAGACCAAUUGGACGAGCCAAUUGUCGACUGGACAUCGGCUUGGCCGGCCUGCGAUCUGCCUUGGGCGACCGGGGCCGAAAUCGUAUCCGGAUCCGGGACUCAGAUCAGGACCGGUCGGGCGAUUCUGUGUCGGACGAAGGGUGCAAGAGGAGGCCGACCAACUGGCCAGCCGAGUCGACUGGAGAGCAGAGGCGCCCGGUGAAGGACGACGUCGACGGGCUGGACGGCAGAGUUCCGAGGUUCGAGAAGCGAGACGAGGCGGAGCCGAGCCUGGGCCGAUUGCAAAGGUUGCGUCUGCACUGCUUGCGAAUGAAGCCGCAAAAGAAGCCAGAUAAACUCAGGUCAAACUCCUGUCAUCAAUCUGCAAAGGGGUUGGUCAACUUCACUAUUUCUUCUGAGUCGGAUUGUCCGUCAGAGCCUGAAUUCUCCAGCAGCCUUGUCACUUCGUGCAGCAACCUCAGCGAAAUGUCGAAUCUCGCCGACCAAAUGGAUGCUAACGUGUUAGAGGAGGGCAAAUUAAAGGUUGUCUAUCCUGAAAUCUUCAUGCGAGUCACGAUACUUCCAAAUGACUCGACGGAAUUGGAUGAGGAUAAAUAUGAAACAGAGAGUGAAGAAGAGCUCCAGCUGAGUGAAAAUGCAUGUGAGGCUGAUGAUGCAAUGGGCGAGCAAAUCCAAAUCGGAGACACGAACGCGUCCGGAGAGGAGAAAGACCCCGGAAAUCCAGGUCAUGCGUGCAGCUUACGAAUGAAGGUUGCAGCUGAGAGUCGGCUGGAAGCGUCCAGGUACCCAGUUGAGGUGUGGGCAUCAGGUGGUGAGCCUUUUAUUCCACUUCAAAGUGAGUUUCCUCUACCAAAAUCUUCAUUGAAACGGCAAAUAACCAUUGUUGUUCUCGUGAUUCUGGCUAUCCGAACAGACUUUCCAGUUUCAGUGAUAGCCAUCUUUUCACUAGCAUCUAAAAAGGAGUUAAUUCAAAAGAUAAUUUGUAAAUAA